CUGCAAGGUAACAGGAGCAUAGGGUGAAAGAAACUCUGCCCAUUGUUUCUCACCGGCGCCCGGGAUCGAACCCGGGACUACAGGAUCACAAGUCCCGCGUGCCGUCCGCUCGGCCGACCGGCUCACUGAUGAAAGGGUGGUGACACUUGCUGCAACUCCCACACCUGUCACAACCCCCACACCUUCCACAACCCCCACACUUGUCACAACCCCUACACCUGCCACAACCCCCACACCUGUCAACCCCCCCACACCUGUCACAACCCUCUUCCACUACAAACACGGCAGUGGACACCCCACACAGCUGAGCAGUGGCAAUUGCUGUCAGAAAUUCCAUUAUCUGUGCUGUUAGCAGUUCCCCUCACCCGUGUUGACAGAGGACCCCACACCCGUGUUGUCAAAGGAGCCCACACCUGUGUUGACAGAGGACCCCACACCUGUGUUGACAGGACCCCACACCUGUGUUGACAGGACCCCACACCUGUGUUGACAGAGGACCCCACUCCUGUGUUACUAGAGGGCGCCCUUCACCAGUGACAGAGGGGGGGAGGGGCACCCAGGCGGCCCUGUAGACUAGUGUGAUAACGAGGCGUGGAUAACAGCACCACAGUGGCCCAGGUGAAGAUAGCGAGCGUGUCGGCCACCACCGCCAUGAUUUCUAGUGGGCGUGUGGGCGGCCGACGGAAGGUGGGCGUGAUUAAGGAGCCGCCCUCGCCCUCCAGUAACGGAGUGUCGUCCGUCAGACAAUAUUCUCUUCACGACUUCGACAUCGUCAAAACAAUAGGCACUGGCACUUUUGGGCGUGUAUGUCUGUGUCGUGACAAGGUGACAUCACAGUAUCUAGCCAUGAAGAUCCUGGCAAUCACUGAUGUCAUCAGGCUAAAACAAGUAGAACACGUAAAGAACGAGAAGAACAUCCUACGUUUGGUCACUCACCCCUUCAUUAUUGAAAUGUACUGGCAUUAUCGGGAUGACCGCUUUCUCUACAUGCUAUUUGAGUAUGUUUGUGGUGGGGAACUUUUUGCAUACCUCAGAAAUGCUGGCAAGUUUCCUAUGACAACAGCAUCAUUCUACGCAUCAGAGAUCGUGAGUGCCUUGGAGUACCUUCACUCUCUCUCUGUUGUAUACAGAGAUCUCAAGCCAGAGAACCUGUUGCUAGAUCGAGAUGGGCAUCUCAAAAUUACAGAUUUUGGCUUUGCUAAGAAGCUCACUGACAGAACGUGGACUCUUUGUGGCACACCAGAGUACCUGGCACCAGAGAUCAUCCAGAGCAAAGGUCACAACAAAGCUGUAGACUGGUGGGCACUAGGUAUCCUUAUAUAUGAAAUGCUGGCUGGAUACCCACCGUUUUUUGAUGACAACCCUUUUGGUAUAUACGAAAAAAUCUUGGGUGGGCGCGUAGAGUGGCCAAGGCACUUGGAUACUUCAGCAAAGGAUCUUAUCAAGAAACUUCUAACUCAGGAUCGUACAAAACGUCUUGGUAACAUGAAGAAUGGGGCUGAUGAUGUCAAAAGACAUAGAUUUUUCAAGAAUAUUGAUUGGGAAGAUGUAUAUCAUAAACAAUUGAAGCCUCCCAUCGUACCUAAAGUGAGCUAUGAAGGUGACACAAGGAACUUUGAUGACUAUCCUGAGAACAACUGGCGAUCAACACAAGGCGUCUCUGACACUGAACUAGCUAUUUUUAAUGACUUCUGAUAAUACUUACAUAUAAAAAAAAAUGAAAAAUCUAAUUUGUAUAGAAAGAAAUUGUAAACAUUUAAAUAAAAUCAACAAAGUACAGACAGAUUAAAAAUAUUUUUCACUUCACGAGUAUGAAAGGUGUAGAAAAACUCUGUUGAAAGUUCUGUACUGUAAUGUAAGAGAUUCUCAGCAAUAUAAAUCUGUAUAAUAUGUAAAAAGAAAUUUGUUACACUUGAAAAUACCAGUACAGACACUGCACUUGUAUUGUACUGAAAAUAAUUGUACAAAGCGAUAAUCUUUUUAUUGUAAUCACUUAACUCUUUAUUUUAUGUAAGAUGGCAUUAAAUAACUUUUAAAAAUUUGCUUCAAUAAUGCAGUAAUUCACAGCAUUUAUGUUGCAGGUUGGUCAAGUAUUCAUCUUGCUGUAAUUUAAUUUUCAUUUUAUAAUGUAUUUCAUAAUAUUUUAACUUGAAUUUUUUAUGACUUUAGCAGAUUUUUGAAGUUG